GACUAUCGAGCUAUCGAUUCCUUCAUGUUCUUCCCGUGCGUAAAACGGAAACGCAACUCAUCUCUCUCUCUCUCUCUCUCUCUCUAAGGCGAGGUUAAGCUCCGGGACUCGGAUCCACACUCCUCAAUGGCGGCGAUGAACCGCCUCUUGAAGCCCUCGCCGAUCUCCUCCUCCGCCGUCGCUUCCCUCCGGAGGUGCCUAUCCACUGCCACCGCGUCUGAGUCCGACGCUCGCCUGAAAUCGCCGUCAUACAGCCACGGUUCUCUCCAUCCGCGCGCGGAUCCCAAAGGGAGGAACGUCCAGUGGGUUUUCCUGGGCUGCCCGGGCGUCGGGAAGGGCACUUAUGGCAGCCGCCUCUGCGCUCUCCUCGGCGUCCCCCACAUCGCCACCGGCGACCUUGUCCGCGAAGAGCUCUCCUCCUCUGGGCCCCUCUCCCACCAGCUUGCAGAGAUUGUAAACCAAGGGAAAUUGGUUUCAGAUGAGAUUAUAAUAAGCUUGUUAUCUAAGAGGCUCGAGUCUGGAGAAGCUAAAGGUGAAUCAGGAUUUAUUCUGGAUGGUUUUCCUCGAACAAUAAGACAAGCAGAAAUCUUGGAUGAGGUCACAGAUAUUGGCCUGGUGGUUAACCUAAAGCUCCCAGAAAGUGUUCUGGUUGAGAAGUGCCUUGGGCGAAGAAUUUGCAGCGAGUGUGGGAAAAAUUUCAAUGUGGCCUCCAUUAAUGUCAAGGGUGAGAAUGGGGGUCCUGGAAUUAGCAUGGCUCCACUUCUUCCUCCUCCACAAUGUGUUUCAAAGCUCUUCACUCGGUCUGAUGAUACAGAAGCUGUAGUAAAGGAGCGUCUUCGUGUAUACUAUGAAAAGAGUCAGCCCUUGGAGGAGUAUUACCGCAAUCAAGGAAAAUUGCUAGAGUUUGAUCUUCCCGGAGGGAUCCCAGAAUCAUGGCCUAGAUUGCUGGAAGCCCUUAACCUCGACCUCGAUGGCCAUGAAGAGAAGCAUUCUGCGGCAGCAUAAACUGCUGUUAAUCAAUUUGUACACGAUCAUUCUUUGCGCGAACAAGACGCAUGCCAAGCAAUUUUGCAGAAUGUUGAGGGCAUUAUUUUGAUUUUAGAUAUCUGCAAGGGAAAUAAAAACAAUCUGGUUGUUAGCGCAGCCAGCCAGCCAGCCAGCCAUGUUAUCAUGGUAGCUACCUAUCUGGGUUUUGGGCAUUUGUUUUACCCAUGGUUCUGUUGUUGUAAGCUAAUAGGAGAGCAUAAGAAUGUUGGGAUUUUAUAAUUAAGUAGUUUCUAUGGUUUUUGAGGA